CGCUACUCUCGACAAAUACAACAAUGCACUUCUACAAUUCUCAACUGGGUUGGACUUCCCGCACACCGACAGCUUGAAUGUUAAUGUUCUGAAACACUGUGUCCGAAGCAUCUCCAACAGCUCUUCCAUCGUUGGGGACGGCGCCUCCACCUGGGGGAGUACAUUCCCAACAGCGGAAAGAGAGAAAUCCCUGUUAUCGCUCUUCUUCGGUCUCUUCGUCUCUCCGGACCUCGGACGCGAGCAUGUGCCUAACGAAUUCCGAGAGCAGCUCAUUCUCCCUCGCCCGGGAAAAACACACCUGACAGACUGAUACUAUGGAUUGCCCACAGCUUCAUGCCUUUCUACCACAGUCUCCUUACCGGUCCACGGGAAUUCCUAGCUCGGUUUUUUCGAGGCUCUGUUUCACUCUGGCAUCGACAACGAGGAAGUGCCGGCUUUUCAGAGAGCAUCCUGACACCCUCUUCCGCGAUUCCGCGAAUCACAUUAUUCGCGUGGCAUCUAUAACCAUCACUUUUGUAGCAUGUCUGCUCCCCACCAUCGCCAUUAUCGCUCUUUUCAAGAUUAAUUCGAGGGAUUUGGUGCUUGGACUGAUUACGGCGUUCACUGCUCUCUUUGCACUCGGUCUCAUACUUUUCUCAACUUCCAGCUCAAGACAGGAGAUCUUUCUGGCAACUAUUGGUUUCUCUGCGGUUGUGGUUGUCUUUGUUCAAAGGCAGGUUGUUUCACAGUAGAAUGGGCUACACGAGAAAGAAAAGGGUCUCCUAAUCGCUCACAUAAUUUGUUCAAAGAGCUACGUUGACAUUCCGUUAUUGAGGAGACAGGAUGGCAAG